AUGGAGCAAGGCGAAGCCAGCAAGUCAUAUAAGACGCUGCCGGAUUCUGCGGUGGCCUCAACAUCUGAGCCUCGCCAAGAUGAUAAUAAGGAUUCGGAGAAAGCAGACUCUGCUUCAAACGACGUCGUCGUAAACCAGAAACUCACUCUUGUCGCUACUGAUUUUCAGAAUCUUGGAGUUGAUAAACAUCUCGAGACUUCAACAGACAGAGAUGUUGCUUUUGCAAGAGUUGAAUCAGAAAAAAGAUUAGCCUUCGUUAGAGCAUGGGAAGAAAGUGAGAAGGCAAAAGUAGAGAACAAGGCAAGUAAGAAGCUCUCUAUGAUUGGACUGUGGGAAGACAGGAAAAAGGCAGCUGUUCAAGUUCAAAUCAAGACGAUGGAGGAAGGAUUGGAGAAAAAGAAGGCAGAUUAUGUGGAGAAAAUGAAAAACAAAAUGGCCGAAAUUCAUCAGUUAGCAGAAGAGAAAAAGGCAGUGAUUGAGGCCAAGAAAUAUGAAGACUUUCUCAAGGUGGAAGAAAAUGCUGCAAAGUAUCGUUCUCGUGGAUAUAGUCCCCGAAAGUUUUCUCUUUUCCCUUGCUUUAAAGCCCAUCUCUCUUAA